AUGUCUGGCCUCGAAAUAUUCGGUGUUGCAGCCAGCGUCAUCCAGGUCGCAGACUUCGGCGCAAAAUUAUCAGUCCAACUCUUCGCUUUUUACCGACAAGUCAAGACCGCCAAUGAAAACAUCCAGCUCCUGUCAAACGAGGUGGCACUCGUCAGUGCCAUUUUGCGUGAGCUAGGCGAGAGCCUGAAAGAAGAGCCAUCGGCGAAACUCUGCUCGGAUGAGGCGUUUCAGACGCUGAAGCGUGUCCUGGACGAAAGUCGGGAUGUGCUGAAGCAAAUUGAAAGAGCUGUGAAUGCGAACGAUCAAUCGGGUAAAAGUCGUAUACAGCAAGUUGCUGGGAAGGUGCGGCUGGCUCUGAUUGAACCGAGCCUGAAUCCCCUAAAAUCGAACCUGGAAAGGCUGAAGGCGACGAUGUUGCUUUUGCUUAAUGUUAUUAUGUUUGCUGCGAAGGUUCGCAACCGCAAUUCACCGAGUCUUCGAGACCAGCGUGCCUUGAUAGAGGCGCUGUUGCAGGAGAAACGAUUCGAGAAGGAUGGAAACAGUUCUCCGCCGAAAUAUGACCAGAUUCAGCAUAUGAGCCAGCCGGAAUUGCCUGGUGAUUCCUCGCCAGCAAAUCCAUGGCAAGAAAGCGAGUUCGCUGAGGUGAACGAGUACAAUAACUUGAUCCAUAAAAUGCUUCAUGAGAUUGAUCGUUGCAAAUCGAAACUCGAACGCAGCCGCUCCUCGAGAAUAAGAAACGGCGUCCUGAGCAUACACCACAGUGAGGUUAUUCGAUUUCAACUCACCCACGGCCAUUCUAUACUCCAGAAUUUCGACAAAUCCCUGUUGGUGGACGAGAAUGACGCUUCGCAAGUUCCAACGGCUAGAAUAGCCCCGCCAACGAUUUUACACGAGGUCGUCCACGUACCAAUGACCAAAGAGCACUUACCGGACAGCGCAGGUCAAGCCAUGACGCGGAAACACAAAGUACAGGACGAAAAUUACCCAGAUGGCGGGACUGGCCACCGGCCUACAGAAGCCGUCGAGACUUACGAGGCUACAAUGAGUCUAGAUUGGUUAGGCGAUGGAAGCGACGUACCACUUGCUGACUUUGACUUCGAUACAUUCACCGAAGUCGAACUCCCUAACCAGCGACCAAACUCGGUAGCUACUUAUUGUCCUGAACCACAGGCCCAUGCGCCUGCUUUCCCCCUGGAUCACCUGGCGGUUUACCUCCAGCCCCAGGUGGUGUACCUCCAGCCCCAGGUGGUGUACCUCCAGCCCCAGGUGGUGUACCUCCAGCCCCAGGUGGUGUACCUCCAGCCCCAGGUGGUGCACCCCCAGCCCCAGGUGGUGCACCCCCAGCCCCAGGUGGUGCACCCCCAGCCCCAGGUGGUGUACCUCCAGCCCCAGGUGGUGUACCUCCAGCCCCAGGUGGUGUACCUCCAGCCCCAGGUGGUUUACCUACAUCCCCAGGUGGUUUACCUACAUCACCAGCCUAUUCGCCCACAUCGCCAGUACUUGCUCCUACAUCACCGGCCUAUUCUCCAGGAUCACCGGCCUAUUCUCCAGGAUCACCGGCCUAUUCUCCAGGAUCACCGGGCGGAUACGUACUCCCCCGAAGCGCAACCUGAAAAAGCCGGGCCACCGACUCGCAGUUCUGACCGAAAGCCAUUCAAGAGAAAGGGGCUAUACUCUGAAACCACCCAUGAGACGUAUGUUCCAGUGACCGAGAAGAACUAUUGUCAGGAUGAGGUAGAGAAACACUCUCAUCCCGCUGGAUUGACCACAGAGUCGUCCAUGGCGCUACCAGAGAGCUUUGAGGACCUGCUUAUGCGGUGGACCAAGCUCGGACGGAGCGAGGUUCAAGCGCUGUGA